ACGCCCACAAGGCUUGGCAGAAGAAUUUCAACCCUUUUGCUUAUAGUUUCUGCUCUUAACGACUAAACAACACGAGAGAUGGACUACAAAGAACAGGUUGAGCAAGUUGUAUCCAGCGCGCAAUUCGGAGAUUUGAUCGAGUUCUCGUACCCCAUUGGCUACUCACACUGGGGCGUUUAUGACGGAGAUGGAUACGUCAUUCACUUUGCGGUUGCAGAUGAAACUCAGGUGAUGAGUUCGUUUCGGGGGUUUCUGCAGACUGUCUUCCCUGUUUGUGGUGAUCUUUUGCUUGGAGAAACUAAGAUACGGCGUCAGCUCCUGUCUGAAGUCAACGUACCUAAAGGCGCUCGUGUUUUAGUGAGCAAUAACCGACACGCUCUCGAGCCUUCACCUGAGGAUGAAAUUAGACGACGACGAGAUGCUUUACUUGACACGGAGUUUACUUACAAAGUCCUCACAUUUAAUUGUGAGCACUUUGCCACAUUUGUCCGCUCUGGAAAAGCUAUGUGCAAUCAGAUCCCAGGGAAGUCCAAAAACAAGGAAUGUGAGGAGGCUACUGAACAAUUUAGCAGCCAUGUGCCAUCGAAUACUGAAUUAUCAAUGCCAAUCUUCACAUUACCGGGCUCCAGACUAACUUUUUCUACUAGCGCUGUAGCCCCUGACUGAACAUUUUAGGAGCGGAAGCAGAAAAUUUAGGGGCACACCUUAAAUCAGCUUGCAAUGCAAUUAUUCAAAUUUCCCCCCAAAUAACUGUAAUACUGACAAAUUAUUUAAUAAUAAAUAGACUUAAUGUACAGAUAUUACAAUAUGCAGUUUUAUUUUAAGUUCACAUGGCUGCAGACUAAAUUUUGAGGGCAG